CAGUUUGUUGCUCACUUUUGGCCUAUGUUAUUGACAACAUGAGUCUAACGGGGAUCACUCCGUCUCCUAACGGGACGGCAUCAUUCAAGACAGACGACACAGAAACACAAGCCACUCUCUAUGAAGUGAAGAUGUUUAACAUCACCCUGUCUGCUGUAGCUCUGUUCAUCCUGGCUGUGGCAGGAAUCAUCAGCUGUAUCUCGUACCUGAGACACAGGAGGAAGUAUAUGAGGGCCCGUGUCUAUGAGAGCGCUGUGUCCUGUGAGCUUCCCGAGGAGCCAGUGGACGUUACUUCUGCAGUGAAAACCGACCGUUUCCACAACCCACUCGCCCUUUUCAGGAGAUCGGAGGGCCCGAAAGACAACUCACGGAUCCACUACAUAUACACCAACCCUCUGCCUGUGGGACACGAGGAAGACAGAACCCCUCCUCAUACGGUUUCUACACACACUCCUCUCACACUGCAGGACUACGCCAGUGACCCCAACAGCGGCAUCAUCCUGGCUCCACCCAUUUUUUACAUGCAGCUCUAGAAAGUCCAGCAAAGUUUGUAUUCAGGGAACAAUGUUGUCCCAAACUCCUAUUAUACUCUUUCUAACGUGGAAAAC